AUGGAAAUUAAAAGUAUUCUUGAUGUUGUGGACGUGGACUUUUAUAAAAAAACGGAUGAGGAAUUAUUAACAUGGUUGGUGAACAAAAAUUUGAUAAAGCAAUUAUUUAACGACCUCACAACAGUCCAACGUGAAGCAAAUAACGUGCUAAAAAGACAUCUCAAAGGACUAAGAACUAAUACAAAUAGGUACUACAUCAAAGGGGAAAGGCUAUUUGUUGAUAACAAAGUUAAGACCGUCCAAGAAUUACUAGAAUUUGAACAGGCUGAAGCGGAAGCUAUACGGAGUCAAGUACAUCCUAACAGUGCUCCUGAGACUCCCACUCCAACCAUAUCUGUUCAAAACCUAAAACCACCGGUAAUUCAAAACAAUCUUAAAGCCAUCGUACAGGGAGAAUUUAGUGUUAAACACACUAAUAGGACCACGAUUCUCUUUGUCGAUGGCAAAGAGGACUACGAGAAAGUUCUAAAUAAUGUGAAAACAGAAAAAAAGGCCAAUCACAUUUAUACUGCGUACAACGACAAGUCCCACGCGUUCGUGCUACGAGGCCCAGCCGAGGGAACGAAGAUACAAGACAUCAAAGACAAUCUAGCAGAAGAACACGAAAUAGUGGCCAGGGAAGUGUACAAAAUGAAGACCAAGGAGCGUCCCCUCUACCUGGUGGUAACUGAAUUGGCAAUUACUCUUGACUAUAUUAAUAAGAACACCAGAAGAGUCUUGUAUACAAGAGUAACCUGGGAAAUAAGAAAAUCAGUAAAGCAAAUCAUUCAAUGUCAUACAUGCCAGGAGUGGGGACACGCCACAGCUAAUUGGGACGUAAAUCCAUCAUCCUCUAAUUUAAACCACGAUACCAACGAUGAUAGUUCAGGUAGUAGCUCUUUGUCAACAAUUUCAGAAGAUGUUACGACUGGUGACUUCAAUUAUAGUCCUUCAGAAAGUGACGCUGAAGAAAGUGACGCUGAAUCAUCAACAUCAUCUGAAUCGCAAGUUCCCUCAUCAUCCGAACCGCAAGUUCCCUCAUCAUCCCUUCCUAACGAUACAUUAAUUCAAGAAAAAGAAGCUCUACGAUCAUUUUUUAAUAUUCCAACUUCCGAGCGCUUUUCUACAACUGUACGAAUUGGUCUGUCUCUGAUAGCCAAUGUAGAUUUAAAAAAUGUUUUGCAGACUCGAAUUCUAGUUUCAUUUAACGUGAAAUAA